UUAAAAAGUCCAUUGAGCAUGUAGAUUGUACAAUGACCGUUCUCUUGAAAUUAGAUAUUAAAUAAUUGCAUGGACUGUGUAUCAUUGCCUCCGUCCACUGUGUCGUAUUAUCCGUAGUCCGUUCCCCAUUUGCAGAAACACGGUGAGAAACAUCCACCAAAACCCCCUUUCUUCGCGCUUUUGGCUUAUUUAAGAUAAAUAGCAUACAGCUUGCAAACAUACUGCCCAAUUUUUUUCAGGUAGUAAUAACAUGUAGAUUGAUGAGUGAUAAGCAGUUGCUAUUUAUGUUGUGUCAACAAAUUAUUGUAAACAUAAUUUUGUUCACAUUAUUAUAAUAAAGCACUGGUUUAUUAUUAGGCUAUUUAUUGUUGAAGAUAAACACUUGAACUACUGGAAAAAAAUUAAAAAAUCAGUGAAAGUCAGUCCUUCCUCCCUUACAACAGCAACCUUCUGGGGCCAUGUACAUGUAGAAAAGAUAUGCAUAUACACAAAUACCCAUACACAGACAGCUGUCAUAUUAGAUUAUUCUUAAUUCUUAUUAACAAGCAGUUAUGUUAACAUGCACAAAUAGGGCUUUUCUGAAAUAUGACAUGAUAUUUGAGCAUGUUGAAUAAGUGGAAAGCGACUUGUUAGCCCCCAUGAAAUGUAUGUUAAAUGCUUUAUUGCUGUUCUGUCGAUUUCUGCUGCUCAAAAAAUAACAGCACCUGUCCUUUUAGCAAUGGAGGAAAAGUGGGAAGAAGUCCACAAAUACCUUUCUGAGGGACUAUACCCUUCCGGGUAUGGUAAGUCCCAGAAACUGAACCUCAGAAGGUACAGUGAGAAAUUCACGCUGAAGAAUGGUGAGCUCUUCAUUGGAGAGAGGAGGGCCAUAAAAUUAAAAGCUGAUGCAAAGAAAAUCUUUGUGGAAUUUCAUGAUUCCCCCAUGGGGGGGCAUUCUGGCAUCAUAAAAACGAGGCAUGCAAUUUCCUCCAGAUUUUACUGGAAAGGGAUGAGCAUAGACAUUGAUGCCUGGGUGCUGGAAUGUGACAUGUGCCAGAGGCUUGGAACACCUCUGGCAUCUUCAGAGCCACUGCAGUGUAUCAAGCUUUCAACCAUCACCGUACCAAGUGAAAACAAGUGUGAUGCGGUACUUCGGGAACAGCAAAAGGCAAUGGAGAUUGCAAAUUUAAAAGCAGCAGGCAACAUCGAAAACAGCCAAGAAAGGCAAAGGCAGGCUUAUGCCAAACGAGUCAAAGUUGAAGCAGCUCUGGAGGACGGAGACUCUGAUACCUUUACCAUGUUGAAUGAAGCUGGCGUUAACUCUGCUAUUGAUGGCAUCCCAUGCGGUGUUCAAGGACGUCCAGUGGAAGGAAUAAGACACGAGGCGGCGAGUGAUGAUCGCCCUGUAAAACGUAAACGGAAUAAACGCAGCUUGAUUUGGAGGCACUAUGAGGAACUGGACGGAUUGGCAGCUGCUCGCUGUUGCAUUUGCAUGAAGUUGCAGUCCUUUGAGGGCGGCAGCACCAGCAACCUGCACCGGCACAUGUCAAAGAGACACCCAGAGGUGUUUUCUCAGCUGGCAGCUGAUCGGCGGCCCCCACCACCAACCCACUCAUCGCCCAUAUCAGAUGCUAAUGUGGAAGUGGUUCUGGAGGAUGGAGACUCUGACACCCCUAAUUCUACUAUGAAUGGCAUCCGGGAGUGUACACAAGGAGAUCCAGCGGAGCAGAUGAGACACAAAGAAGCGAGUGAUGACCAACCUGUAAAACGUAGACGGAGUAAACGCAGCUUGAUUUGGAGGCACUACGAGCAUCUCGAUAGUUUGGCUGCUGUCCGCUGUCGCAUUUGCAUGAAGAAGUUACAGUACUUUGAAGGCGGCAGCACCAGCAACUUGCAUCGACACAUGUCCAAAAGACACCCGGAGAUGUUUUCUCAGCUACUUGCAGACGGGCAGCCGCCACCAUCCCCCCACUCGUCACACAGCUCAGGUGUUGACGGCGACACCUUCGUGCCACAAAAUAACGCCGGGGCGACGGAGAAGCCAAGGCUGUUUUCUGGUGUGUUAAAAGUUUCAAAAGCAUCCGUAGGAGAAAAGCGCGUUCUCAGGAGAGAGCGGGAGCUGAUUGAAGCUCUGAGGGCAGCGCAGAGAGAAGAGGCCCGGGCUCUGGAGCAUCAGAGGGAGCUGCUGGAGAAGCUGCGUGCAGUGAAUGCCAGAGAGGCAGCUGCAGAGAGGGAGCAGAUUGAGUCAUUGAGGACAGCACAGCUGGAGGAAGCCAAAGACUUGAGUCGGCAAAGAGAAGAGGUGGAGAAGGAGAAGUCAGAGCUGCUGAAGAUGUUAGAAGAGCUUCAACGGCAAUGAGAAGAACUUGUCUUGUUUUCAAGUCGACAGCAAGCCACAAGCUGACCUUCUGGAUUUUAGAUAUUCUAAUAUAAGACUUUGGUACUACUUCAAACAUAUGUUGGUGUAAAAAAGUGAAUUUCACUUUUAGUUAGAUAUAAUUAGCAAACAAUCAAUAGACAGUGGUUUCCGUUAGUGUCACAGCUGUGUGGAACUGUCUUUCCACUCCUGCUCACUCUGCUCAUUUCUCAUUGAAUUAUGUGAUAUCCUGAUGUCCUCUUGCAUUACAUGCAAAAAAAUACACACUGCAAUUUUCUGCAAAAAAUACACACUGCAAAAAGUUAAGAUUUUUGGCAAAACAUAUUUGGUACCAACUUAUCAGACUAAAAUACAGUUUGUUGUAUCACUUAAAUGUGUACUUUUGCCAUGGAAUUUGAUUAAUGGGAGUAGAAGCUGACAUACAUCAGCAGGUCUAUUACAACAUUUUAGAUUUUUUUUACCUUGAGGGCUUUAAAUAAUCAAACAUAUUGUAUUGAUUAAUGGUUUCUCCACU